AUGAGGAGGGUGGGCUGCGAAAGUGGCCAGAACAUGGCCCCAAGGGGUUUUGGCAGAGACUUUCCAGCUGAGCAGAAGAGUUCCCUCCACGCCGCCGCACCGGGCUGUCAAUACCUCCACGAAAUCUGCGAAAGACCGACCGACGUUGCGGCCCCCCGCGGGACCACCGACGCCGACACCCAGGAACCGGCGCAGGGAACCCGCCGCAUGGGCCCGAAGCCCCGCGAGGCCCCCGGCAUGGCGUGCAGUACGUGCUACUACCUGGUUAUCAGCUCCACGCACCUGAGCAAUGGACACUUCCGCCGCGUCAAGGGAGUCUUCCGAGGACCACUGUGUCCGGCCGCGAGCAACGACUCUCCGGAGCGUGCAGAGAGGGCUGUAGGCUGCUCAGUGGAGGAUCUGAAGGCUCUUUUCUACUGUGAGCUGUGUGACAAGCAGUAUCUCAGACACCAGGAGUUUGACAACCACAUCAACUCCUACGACCAUGCACACAAACAGAGGCUGAAAGAACUCAAGCAAAGGGAGUUUGCUCGCAAUGUGGCCUCUAAAUCAUGGAAGGACCAGCGCAAACAGGAGAAAGCUCUCAGACGCCUGCACCAACUAGCACAGCUGCAACAGGAAAUUCAGCGAGCCCCAGGUCGGAGUCGUGGUCAAAGAGGAGCAGUCAGGGCUAUGAACCGGCAGCAGGGGAGAGACGCUGACCCAAGGGACCACAGCCCUGAGAACAGACCUGAACCCUCCACCUACACCCAGAGGCUCCCCCCUGUGCAGCCCAGGACAGCCCCUCUCCGCCGGCAUCCAGAGGAUCUAUGCCAACCACCACUCAUCCAUUCCAAGCCUGCUUGCCCUCAGAGUCCUUCCCAGAUACCACCGCCGACCUCUCUGGGAGCAUCCUGCCCAGUGCCACAUCUGGCCUCCAACUCACCAACUCCAGCAGUGAACCCCCAGUCUUGCCUGGGCUUGUAUCCUCAGCUGCCUCUGCCUGGGCGGGAGAGAAUUGGAGGCAGAUUGGGAGUAUCCUUCUGCUUCUCCCGCAGGGGGCCCAGGCUGGAACCCUCCGCAUCUGUCUUCUCAGACCUGGAGGAAGAGGAGAGAGAGAAGAAGGAACAAAUGAAAGAAAGAAGAAAGGGCAUAAUGGAAGACAUCGAUAAGGAGAUAGUGGCUGCAGAGGAGAGGGCAGUGCAGAAACACAGCACACAGCAGAAGCCUUGGUCCAGUGCUGACAACGCUGGACCAAGUGACACUAUACUUACCGCAGAGAAUGAGUCCUGUUUAGACCGAGAGAUGAGAGAUGGGUUAAGAGAGAACGAGACAGAGGAUAACAUGAAUCCAGAGCCAGGUAUCAAUGUGGAGGCAGGAGCACACCUGUUCCUAAAGAACAAAACCCUUUCAUCAUCACAAAUAGGACCAGAGAGAGGAAGACACAGUCUGGGUAUGGAGAACAGUGAAAGGCCAGCCUCCCAUCCAUUUGACCUCGCUCACAGUGACAGCUCUGAUACAAACUCCCAGAAUCCUCCGGGAGGCAGAUUAGGGGGUGUGAGAGGGAUCAGGGAGAGAGCCGUCACAGCCCUGAGCUGUAAAUUAGAGUCUGUCACCCAGCCUGGCACACAGAGGAUCUGCAUCAGCUCGUCCAGGUGUGAGUGUGGGAGGGAGACAAUGUGCGAGUGUGCCAGCGUGCCGCAGCCGUACGUGGGCGUCUCAGAAAUGUCACACAAGAAGAGGAAAGCCGGCGCAAAGAAACGCAAGCUGGGAAAGAGGAAGAGGGGAGAGAAGGAGAAAGCUUCAAACAAACGCCAAGCGGCAAGGUGUAAAGUGAGGAGUGUUGUCUCUACAGUCGCCGCUCCCACUGGCAGCCACAGGAGAGGAGAGGCCGGGGGGAAUGGGCGGCUGAGGAGGAGGGAAAGGGAGGCUGGGGGGAAGAAGAGGAGGAGGAGGGUGCAGAGAGCAAGGAGCAGCUGUCUCCAGGGGAGAUGUGAAGCUGAGCCAGUAUCUGUCUCUGUCAGGAAGAGGAGGCCUCACAGGAGCCACAGCACAGAGUCCCAGUCACAGCCAGACAGAGAGCAGGCAGAGCACUGCAGUGCAUACUCCAAGCUCACCAGACACAUAGCAGACAGAGGCUCAGAGAAGGAGGCAAAGAGAGACGGGGAUGGAGCGACUUUUCCCUGGCGGUCUCACUUCUCCUCACACUCCUUCUCACCAGGAUGUAACUCAAAGUUGUUAUGGGAAAGGGGUCACCAUAGCAACCCCAGGAGUUUCAUUGACUGCUGUUACCCUGACAACAGCUGUGGUAGCAGCCCAGUGAGAAAGAGAAAACUCCUCCACAGGGACAGGAAAUGCAUUCAUAGUAAGAGGAAGAGUUCGGGGCAUUGUGAAGCCUGGGAGGAGACAGAGAGGGAGAGAGGGAGAGGAGGGCUUACAGGGAGCCGAGACAGAGGAGGCCUCAUUUCAGAUACCGAACAGUGGGAGUGGAUGAGGGGCAGCCAGCCUGGAGGCAGUGCAGGCAACUGGGCUCGGGCUGGCUGGAGGUCGAGAACCAGAGCAGCGGAAUGGGACCGGGGGGCCAGGUUCAGCCCCAGCCCGAGCAGCUGGAGCAGGAGAAGCAGACACCUUAGCACAGAGGACGCAGACUGGGACAGGUGUAGCCUGGACAGAUGGACCUGGGGCAGCAGCGACAGCUGGGAAGACAGGGGGACACACAGGUCCACAUCAGGCUCCAGGACGGGAGCUGACAGCAGAGACAGCCCUGGCUGCAUGUGGAGGUGGGCAGGCAGCAGACGCUCAAGCCCUAGACGCUUUUCUAGCCCUGAGUGGUGGACAAGCCGGCAGACACACAGCCCCCACAGUGUGUACAAUAUACGAGCCAGCAGAUGCCGGAGCCCAGGGUCCUGUAGCCCCAGCAGCAGCACCAGCAUGUCUGAACUGAGCGGGGAGUGGAGUAGGAGCAGUACUUGCUCAGAAAUCACUGUGGAUAGGCUGACAGCUAGCUCCUUCAGGUCUUCCUCUGGAGCUGGAACUAUGAGACUCUUAUCCCACCUGAUCGAAAAGCAGAGCAGCUCCUCAUCCACCUCAUCCAGCCUAACCUCCGGCUCCCUCUCUCGCUCCUCACCCCACAGAAGGGCGAGCCCUGAGAGAGCACCCACUACCUCCUGUCCUCCUCUCUCACUCCCAAGCCUCAGCACGCACCAGGUGCACGCUAGUAUUAGCUUGGAUCCUCCACAGCUAAAAGAGCCCAACUCUGAGCCUGACUGUGCCACUGGAGCCUCUGCCUGUGUCACCAGCAGCAUCUCAGGCAGAAUAUCCCCCAGUAAGUCUGUGCCACAGAAACCAGCCAGGACAUUGCCUCUCCCUCUGAUAGGGAAACUACCUGCAAUCCAGAGAAGAGCUAGGAGGAAAAUGGGACUGCUGGGGAAGAGUGAGGAGAAGGAGGGAGAGGAGAAGGAGUAUAAAGCAAGUGGGGUGGAUAUCAGUGGAGCCAUAAGCAGUCAACAAUGUCCUCAGCACAUGGUUAACUCAACCUCCCCCAGCAGCACACUGUAUGUCUGCCAAUCACAGCUCAGAAGUGAUAACAAACGGACAGAUGGAGAGGCAGCACCGCCAGUCAGCUUCAGUGCUGAGGAGAUGGACAAAUACCGCCUCCUCCAAGAGCAGGCAAGGGAGCACAUGCAGAAAGUCCUGGAACAGACACAAGAGAGCACAGACACACACACAGAGACAAACCCAAGCUUAUAUAUGCACACCUCCCCGAUAGAAACCCAUGGACCUCCAGAGGAGCAAUACACACUCCCUGCCCCGUUGCACAACCCUCCACAGGCACAAACACAGCCCGUUCACACAGAUCCAAUUCAAACACAGACGCAAGCACAGCACAGCCUCCGAGUGACUCUCCAACUUCCACACAUGACCCCGCAAGAGAAUUAUACUCAUCCCGUCUCACUGGGCGUCCCAAGCCUCCCUCCUCCUCCACCGUCUCCCCCUCUCUCCAGCCUGCACCAUAUCAUUCUGCAGCAAGCGGCUCUCUCCAUGGCCUCAUCCUCAUCAUCCUCUUCAUCUUCAUCAUCCCCCUCUCCUACCCUGCACCCGCACCCACCACACCUCCCUCAUCCUCUGCCCCCUCUCCAUCCCUCUCUCCCUCACCACCUUCACCUCUCCCCCCUCUCCAUUUCCUCCCUGUUUCCCUCCAUCCUUCUGUCCCAGCCUCCUCUCCCCCUCCUUCCCCACUCCCCUGCGUUCCACCCAGCUCCGCUUGCUCCUCUCUCUCCGGUCACCCUGCACCCCUUGAACCCGCAGUCCUUCAUAGACAGAGCGUGGCCAACGAGGUUUCAACAGAAGGCGUUAUGA